AUUACAGGUACGACUUCCUUAAACAGAUUUAUGUAUACAGUCACUACAGGUGAAAAACUUACCUUCACAGAUCUGUCAAAAAUUUGGAAAUAACUUUCUUACAGUUGUAGUGACUUAUUGAGAAGUUUAUCAUUCAUAUAACAUUGUUAUACAUAAAUGAUUGUUUGGAAGUGAGUACAAACCGAUAUUGGAUAAAUUAACUUUCACAGGUGUGUUUUGGUUAUUGAAUUAAACUGUGAAAUUUUGUCUGCAUGUUUAAUUCAGUCAACCGUGAAUCAAUUGGUAUACCAGCUAUUUUGCUGAUUUUUAUCUACUUUGUCAAGCGGCAAAGUUGUUUAUCCAAAUAAAUAUUUCUGAAAUUGGAUAUAGCAUACCAAUACUGUGACACUGGAAUUAUCGUGUUUAUUUUAUUUAUUUAAAAACAUUGGCUGUUUUGAAAUUGGGACAUUUUUUCUGUGAUAUAGGUCAUUUGACGCACCUGCCAUUUAUAUACGACUGUGUAUUCAUCAAAGGCUUGUCACCGCCGGACAUUUUAUUACGUUAGAGAUGUCUUGAUAGCUACUUCCGGAAUAACUACUAAAUGUAACUAAAGAAAACUUGCAGCAGACGACAAAAUGAGUCUCUUUAAGAAGAAGAAAAGUCUCGUCAUAAAUGACGUAGACCCCGUGUACAAAGUCCGUUACCUUGGUAACGUCCAAACCGCCAUGAUGAAAGGUGACGGUUGCGUUGACAAACCUGUAGGCAUAAUCUGGAACAAUUACCUUCGCAGCACGAGCCCUGGCCUCGAAAUGAAAUUGACCUUGACCUCUUCCGGUCUGAAAGCGUUUACAAAGGAACAAGGCCUGACGGAGUAUCGAGCUCACCGGAUAUCAUAUUGUAUUGCACAUCCGUCGUACCCGAAACUGUUCAUUUGGGUUUAUAGACAUGAAGGUAAGCGUAUGAAGUUGGAAUUACGAUGUCACGCCGUUUUAUGUAAAUCGGAAGCCAAAGCAAAAGCGAUGGCCGUACAGCUUCAUGAGAAAAUCUCGUUUGCACUGAAGGAAUUCAUGCGUGAAAAAACGAGAAAGCAGAACGCGAGACUCACUUUACAAAGAACAAAUUCAUUGCCUCUACACGGCAACUCUGUAGUGCCUAAAAGAACUCAAAUGUUGAGUAGAGGACAAAAUUUUAAGCCUCCAAUAAGUAAAUCUAAUACGGCACCAAAAUUAGGAUCAAUUCACGAAGAUCUAGAGCAUGAAGAUGACGUCAUAUUAGAAGAAGAUGAAGAAGAGGAGGAUUGUAUUGAUGGGGACACUGACAGAAUUCCUUCCCCAACAUUUAACGCCCUUACACUACACGGGCAUGACAAAAGUGUAUUAGAUUAUAAUAGUGAGAAAUUGUCAGAGCGCGUGAUAGACCUAGAAAUUGGAAAUAAUAUUGAGGAAUUAAAACUGGACGGUGAUGUACAGUUUUGUAUAUCGCAUGCAGGUGAUUCCGAUGAGGAAAGUUCAGAGUCUGGAUUUCACGAGCCAGAUUCAAAAGACGGAAGUUUAACGGCCGCAGACGACAAUUCUCUAGAUGGAGAAGAGGUCGUCUGCGAAACACCGUUUGGAGAAACAGACGAUACGCACGAGCCAGAUAGUGAGAGUGCGCAUGCGUCGUGCGAUUUUAAAGAGACUACCCGCGUGCCUUCCGGUUUAAUUGCACAAGAAAAUGAAGUGACAAGUUUUUAGCGAUUAAGGCAGAAGACAAGUUUGCAUAAUUUAGAGGCGGAUAUUUUAUUUGGGGUAGCAAUAGAAUCAUCAUACUAAAAGUGCUGUGUAAAUAAUUUAAAUAGAUAAACAAACUAAUAUUCAUUAUUUUAUUCAUCCGACGGAUGCAUUACAGAUGUACCGUGUUAUUUCUGUUUAAAUAUAACUUCUAAACGGAAUAAACCAUAUAACAAUGCAUAACAGAUUGCUAAACAACAUGGAACAUAUAUAUCAGACCACAGCGCAUGCGUAGAAUUAUACAACCGGAACUAUAUUUAUAAAUAGAAACCGGAAACUUAUUAAUCUUCACGAUUUUCGCAUGUUACACGAAGGAACAUAUAACUUCUGACUUUUAAAUGGAGCGACGUAAGCAGAUAUAUUUCCAUUGUGUUCAUUAAUUGGAUUUCAUUACGUCAUAGAGACAUAUUAUUUUUUGGCAAAAUAGAGAAAACCGGAAAUAGAACUAUUUGGCGUGCGCAUGGGCGGAAGUAGAAACUUUCAGAGAAAUGCUUCCUUGUCAGAAUGGCUUGUCUUGGCUCGAACAAUGCUUAGUUGUGUCAGGAUGAAUGAUAUGAUGCAAAAAGUGAUAUGGGUUUCAGGAUAUGAUGCCUACGGUGACAUGAUAUUUAGGAUAUGAUGCCAGUAGUGACAUGAUGUUCAGGAUAUGAUGCUUAUUGGAAGUAAUAUGAUGAAUGAUGUAUAAUACUGGAACUUCAAACAGAACAUGGAAUGGUACAUAUUUAUUCCUAACGUUAACAUGAAGCAUGUUGAACGGACCAUUUGUGUCCGACAUGACUUUAGCAAGACAAUGUUAUAAAGGAAAUACUAGUGUACAUACAUUCUCCUUAAAUAACUCAUGUAAGAUUGUAAUUAAACAAAACGAUUUAUAUACAACAGUGAUAGGAUUUCAUGUUCAGUCUCAGAAGAAGGUGGAUGGAGAUUCGAACAAAAUAGUGCCUCAUUUAUACUCUUCCUUUAUUUGUACUUGUUCUGCUUUGUUACUUAUGAAUGCAAUAAUUUCGUUUUCACUUCUUUCUGUAAAUCACUGAUACUCUCGACGUCAGACCCUGACCCCCACCUUGCUCACCCCGCCCCCAACUUGUCAACUAUCAGUUACUUUCUUAUAUUUCAACACGAAUGGGACAUUUGGCUCCAUCAAAUGAUUGAAUUUCAUGUAUUUACUUUUAUUCAAGUAUUCAAAUCCAAGUAAAUUUGGGGAAAAAACGUAUGCUAUCAAGUUUAAAUAAAGUAAUUUAUUGGAAUUUUUUAGAAGUCAUGUAGAAAUUAAAUUAAAAUAUGUUUUAUAAUUUGAGACAUAUGCCACAUUCGUUUUACAAUGAUACAAGUUACUGAGAGAUUGCAAGGGUUGAGCAAGGUGGGUUUAGGGUUUGAUCUCGCGAAUGUUUUAAAUGUGAAUAAGUUAUGUCACUGACCUUGGUUUCUUGUAGAAAUUCUAUAUAAAGGUCAAUUUUUGUUAUGUUAAGGUCACAAAAAUAUACGACAUAACUAAUGUCAAUAUACAUAUGUAAAUGUUCUCCGUUUUUAUUGCUUUUUAUAUAAUUUGUACAUCCUAGGGCGUCUUACCACAUUCCUUGUACAUGAUCACGGUCAUGAUAUAAUUUUGUUCAUUGACUGAUCUAGAUCUAUAACUUUAUUGGCAAACUAUUAACUAUUUGUUACAAAGGUAUAUUUUGUCACAGAUUGCCCUAUGUUUUUGUUAUGAAUUUAACACUGCAUUAAAAACCACACUGUUAUAUCACGAGGAACACAAUUUGAUCCUUGAUAAAAAAAAUCAACAACAGGAAAUAGUUAAAAAUGCAUUAUGCAAAGGGGCGUAACUUAAUCGUGUCACGUCACGAGUAUGCCAAGAGUUGUACCCCUUAAUUUAUGAAAAAUACUAAUUCUUUGUCUGAAAACAUUAUCCCGUCUUUAUCACGUGCAUUGAGGAAGUAUAAAAUAAUAAAUACAGGCAAUAUGACCUUGAUUUUUUUGUAACAAUAAUUUUCUUUUUCAAUUCUUAAAAGUGUGUUUUUUGUCUGGUUUUAUUAAUAACUUUGUUUACGCUUUCAAUAGCAAUAUGUUGUUUUUUCCCAGGAUUGUUUGAUAAAAAAAUGGCAAUACAGGAAUGAUAGUUGAAGAUUUAAUGAUACAAAAUGUUUGUCCCUAAUGGCUUGUUUGUUACUAUGAUUAUUAUAUACAUGACAUUGUUAUUCUCUUUUUACUCUGUUUUAAUAAUAGUAAAAGCUUUUGUUUUAAGAUAUAUUUCAUAGAUUUAAGCUUAAUAUGGAAUAUUUUAUGUAUGGUGUAAUCUACUUAAAUUAAAUAAAAACUUCGGCAUUGAUUAAUUUCCUCAUUGUGAAAAAACAAACAAAUCCGUCUUUGGCAUCUUGAAAGGCUAUGAUGUAUAAAGAAGUAUUAAGAUUUUUUUCUUCUAAUAUUGGCCAAAUGCUUAAAACCCAUUUUGUAAUAUAUAGUUAUAGAUAUAUAUAAAAAAAUCUAAGAUUGUCUAUUGCUGUUAGCAUUCCUUUCGUUGUCUUUCCUAUUAUAUAUAAGUUAUUUAUUUUCGUUCAAUUCUAAGAUGUUAAAAUGUACCCAGUGAUAUGAUUAUAAAUGUGAUAAAUACGUAUAUAUAUUCAAUCUUUUUAUGCAGUCUUACUUAGCAAAUGUUUUUCUUCUUCUCUUUUUUACUUAUUCAUUAGAACGCUGACGACAGGGGAUUUUACCUAUGCGACCAGUGCAGACAAAGAUCAGCUGGCACGUCCGUGACAUCUGAUCAUGGUCUGCACUGUUCACUUUUCAAUAAGUAUAUGCUAUUUCUCUAAAAAUGUUGAAUAGUUUUGCCCAGUUGGAAAAAUGGACAAGUUCACUUAAUUUAUUUUGUGGGGUAAAGUUUAAUGUAAUAUACAUAUAUUAAAACUUAUUAACAUAAUUUUCCAUGGGACUGAAUUCAUAAUCAACAAUAUCUUUUAUUUUGAAUUUAAUGAUAUCUUAUUAAAAUGUCUUUUUGCUGAUCAUUUUUAAAAAUCAAGGAUCCCCUGUGUUAUUCUAGUUCCCAUGGUAACGUUUUUAGUAGUCUUUUUAUAACUUUUAUGUAUAUUACUGUCAUGCAUAUGUGCUACCCAUUCCGAUUACUUUUUAAUUUACAAUGGAUAGCCAGUGCGCAUGUUACCAUGGCAACCGUCGUCUAAGAUAUCUUAUUUUAAAGAUCUUGUAUGUUGUAAUUAAGGAUGUAACAACACUUUAGUGAAAUUUUAUGUAUGUAUAUAAUUCUUUUUCUAAAACAAUUUCUAAACAUCCAAGAAUAUGUUAGAUAUGUACUGCAAAUGUUUAUUCGCAUUAUAAGUAAUCAUAAAAAUCUAUGCAUUCAUUUCUUGUUGAAAAAUUUGGCUUAUAGUUUAUCGAAACUAGGUUUCUAAUUACCUCCCUUUAUUUACAUGAAAUGUAAAUUCGAUAAUAUCUUUACAAAUAAAUUAAAUGCUUAUUUUGCCCAAAAGUUAGAUCCAUUGGUGGUUCGACACAGUCCUGCUCAUGCAGAAAAUAGAGCUUUGCCAUUAAUGAGCUUGUUAUUUGUGCUAAUAAUGAAUAGAAGCCCCCCCCCCCCGAUUUUUGCCUUGAAAUCUUCUAUAAUAUCACGCCAGAUAUCCUGGAUUCGACCUGUCUUGGUAUCGUGACUUUUUCUUUAAGCGAGAAUACAGAAUGAAUUUCCAUGGGACAGGCAUAUAUUGAAAAACUUACACUGUUAAAAAAGAACCAUUGUGAGCGAGUUAUGGAUACCCUUUUAUGAAAAAAAAACAAGUUGAAAACUGAAAAGAAAGUUAUAAACAACAAUGCAUUGCAGUAUAAAUCUUGCAUUUACCAUAUAUGCAAUUCAUUUUUUCUAACCAAAUUUUAAAACUUCAAAUGGCAUAAAUUAAUACAGACCUGUAUUGACCAAUGUCAAUAAUGUCCAUAACUAUUAGUUUUUCAGUUUAAUUUAGAAGUUACCUCUUAGUUUAAAAUAGGAUGUCAAUGAAAAUACAAUUUAUGAAAAUAUUAUUCAAAAUCCUGUUGAUUACCGUAUUUGUUGGUGAGGAUGUAGCCCCCAAAAUGGACCUCUAGAUUUUGCCUUUUCAUAUAAUUAAAAUGCAUUUUAUUUACAUUUUGUGCAUUACAUUAUGAUAAUAAGAUACGGUUGCAUUUUUACACACAGGUUGUAUAUAUAUGUUUUUGGUUGUCAUUUAUUGUUUUCAAUAUCUUUAUGUAUAUGCUCAGAUUGUACAUAUUUUACAUUGCACCGACAUACCACGUGUUAGUAUCACGUGGUUUAACACGUGUUGAUUAUAAGUGGCGUGUUUAAAGUUAUGAGUCUGUGAACUUUAGGCCAGUUAUUAAAACUGUUACGUGUAUACAUGAUUUUUUCUCAAACUGACAUUUUUGUUUUAGUUAGUCUCUCUAUUUACUUUUAAAUUUUAAUCAAAACUGAUGACGUCAUAUCUUGCUGACUCGCGGGAAAUUUAAAGGCAAGACAUUAUCAUAUAUAGCAACAAAUAUUUAACCAAUGAUAAAGAACAACACACUAUCACGUGACUCAUAACUCUCAACAAUAUUAAUAAGUUAUAUGCUAAUUACUUUGGUUUUAGACAUCUUUACCCAUUCCUUUUUGAUGACUUUGAAAAAAUGUACGCAAUUUAAUUAUUUUCCGAAAUAAGCCCAUCGCUGUAAGCUCAGCUUUACGGAAUUAAUGUUCAUUAACAACGCUAUGAAUUUAAAUAGAAUUUACAGGCUUUUAAAUCAGCAUGUACUGUAAAUAUUUAUUACAUAAAAAUAUUUGCAUGGAUUUUUAAAUAUAGAUGUCACGUGAUAAAAGAAGCGUUAAAAGUCACGUGUGAAAGGCGUCACAUGAUUAUAUUUAAUGUGACUUACACAGCUCAUUACAUGUUAUGCGAUUUGAUAGACUUUAAAAAUGAAUUAAUGUACAUGACGUUUGUAAAUAGUCAGAGUUUUUCUUUUUUCUAUUGUUAUAAUAAAUUGUUUUUUAUGUUUGUCCCGCUGUAACACGAUAUGGGAGACUUGUUGAAAUAAAUAGAUGUUAACCAAA